CAAUCACGGAACUAGUAGUAUAUUCAUGACGUUGUAGAUGCGGGAAAGGGAGCACAACAAAUACAUCUAAGUUACUGCGUGGAAUACUUCUCAAAAAGUUGAAGAUGUCAGCAGGCGGUUUCGUUUGGCUGUUUUUAUCUGUAACCUGCUUUGUAGUAGUUACAUGCGACUCGAACUUGGGCCUGACUGUCCCAGCGACUGUAGAUUUAGAGGAGGGGACCUCGAAGAACAUUACCAUAGAAUCAAGUACUCCCCUGAAUGCCACAAUUGCCAUUCUCUUCAACAUUACCUUUGCAUCAAAAAAUUACACUUCCAUCAUCUUUCUGCCUGAAGAGGUUCUUCUCCCAGCUGAAAACACCUCAGUUCAGUUUGAGGUCACGGCAAAAGAUGUUGGUCAAGUCACUGCUCAUUUGUACAGCAACAACUCUGAAAUAUCCAGACUUGCAGGAAGAAUACGAUUUCUGGUCGUCAGAAGUAAUAUCCUUUCAAUCAUUAAUCAAGUGAUUGGUUGGAUUUACUUUGUGGCAUGGUCCAUUUCCUUCUACCCACAAGCCUACGAGAACUGGAGACGGAAAAGUGUUGUGGGCCUGAACUUUGACUUUCUUGCAUUAAACCUGACUGGAUUCUUUGCCUAUGGUGUCUUCAAUGUGGGCCUUUUCUGGAUUCCUGCUAUUCAAGAGGAGUUCUUGAUAAAGAACCCAAAUGCAGUCAAUCCUGUGGAUGCCAAUGACGUGUUCUUCAGCAUCCAUGCCAUGGUGCUGUGUUUGGUGUACGUCGUUCAGUGUGCAAUUUAUGAGAGAGGAGAGCAGAAGGUGUCCAAGGUGGCCAUCGCCUUGCUGAUAGUCGGCUGGACAUUUGCACUGGUCUCGCUGUUUGUGGCGGUGGCAGGAAAGAUCUCCUGGCUGGAUUACCUCUACUACUUUUCCUACAUCAAGCUGGCGGUCACACUCAUCAAGUACAUGCCUCAGGCCUACAUGAACUACCAGAGAAAGAGCACAGAAGGCUGGAGCAUUGGCAAUGUCUUGCUUGACUUCACUGGUGGCAGUUUCAGCAUCCUGCAAAUGUUCCUUCAGUCCUACAAUAAUGAUCAGUGGACGCUAAUUUUUGGAGACCCCACAAAGUUCGGACUGGGAUUAUUCUCCGUCAUCUUCGAUGUGCUGUUUAUUUUCCAGCACUAUUGCUUAUACCGGAAGGCAGGAAGAGCGGAGUACGAAAGUGUGCCAAAUGAAGAGUAGGACUUUUGAUGCCGCAUGAAAUGCCUUUUUUAUGGUGUACCAUUUACUUUGCGGGCUGCCACUCGUUAAAUUCCAGGUGAAUGGUGUUAUGUUGCAAACUCUUUGGACCAGAAGUGCUGUAAUAUUGGCCAUUUUUGAAUUUUAUCCACAUACAAACUCCAAAUCCAUCUUGAGUGACUGCAAAGAUAACAGAGCAAUAUACUUGCAUUACUUGUGUUGUUUGAAUGUUAGUUUUAUGUAUGUUGUUAGAAUAGUUUUUCAAAAGGGAAUAUUUUUGAAUGAAAAUACAGGUUUUUUUGUAUUAUUAUUCUUUCAUCCAUGAUGGAAGUCAUCAAAAUUACAUGGUGAAUGUUACUGGCCUUAAUUUAAACCACUGUUCCUCGGGCUUGUCAAAAGUGAUUGCAGCUUUGAGUAUAGGCCUAACACCCAGAGUAUCAAUGUACCUGGAUAGCACACAACCCCUAUGUUUCCUUCUUGACACUUUAUACCUGUGGCAUUUGAAGCACUCCCAUAUAUUCUUGGCCAAUUGAAAACCUAGCAGGCGAAAAUCAUUGUCCUUACUAAGUAGCCUACACUUAAGUCAUGUUCUUUACUAUUGCUCUUCUCAACCUACUUGAAAUCUUUCAGUUGUUUGAUUUACUGCUUUUCAAAUCAGGAGCAAUUGUGUGUUUUAUUUUUAUUUUUGUAUUUCUGAAAUACUAUGCAAUUAUAACUAAAAAUAUUAAUAUGUACAUUCAAAGUGAAUAAAUGAAUUUAUUUUUGA